AUGGUUCUGGAAGCUACAGUUCUAGUGGUUGACAACUCAGAGUAUUCGAGAAAUGGGGACUUUCCAAGGACAAGAUUUGAAGCGCAAAUUGAUGCAGUAGAGUUCUUGUUCCAGGCAAAAAGGAACAGCAACCCUGAAAACACUGUUGGGUUAAUAUCCGCCGCAGGUUCGAAUCCAAGAGUGCUAUCUACUUUCACCUCAGAGUUUGGUAAGAUCUUAUCGGGAUUACACGACACAACUAUCGGUGGAAACAUCCACCUUAGCACUGCGAUUCAAAUCGCUGCCCUCACCUUGAAGCAUCGUCAAAAUAAAGUUCAGCAUCAGAGGAUUGUGGCAUUUGUGUGUAGUCCGGUAUCUGACAACAAGGAGGAUUUGCUGAAGCUUGCCAAGAAACUGAAGAAGAACAGAAUCGCAGUCGACAUCGUCAAUUUUGGUGAAACUGCUGCAAACACAGGGAUCCUUGAGGAAUUCAUACAGGCAGUUAAUAACUCACAGGAAGAAAGCAGUCAUCUGCUCACAGUUUCACCAGGGCCAAGGUUAUUAUACGAGCACAUCGCAUCCUCUCCUAUUAUUCUCGAAGAAGGAGCUGAGUCUGGCUUCGGUGCUGUGAACCAGCCUGGUGCAGGAGGUGACGAUUUCAUGGAUUUUGGUGUCGAUCCCUCGAUGGACCCGGAACUGGCUUUGGCGUUACGCCUGUCUAUGGAAGAGGAACAGGCAAGACAAGAGAGACUAAGGCAAGAACAGGAGACCAAUGCCAAAAAAGAAGAGAACAAUGCCAAUUAG